AUCAGAGUCACUAAACACGGAUUACUUGCUAACCGUGUGCACUUAGUGAUUAGCUACUGAUGCUGAAAUUUCACCCCGCAGGAGAAUCUUUCAGUCCUGUUUUCAUCCCGAAACGUUUUCUUAUCUUUUUUCUUCUACUCACCCCGCCAGCCUCGGAUGCCGCCUCCUCCUUCCUUUCCUCUUCGGGCGCCGCUGCCUCAUCCCCCCCGCGGCCCGGCCUCUGCCCUCCCUCUCGCUAGCCGUCGCCGCCGAUCUCCACCCGCGAGCCGCGGCCGCCGAUCCCCCCCCCCCCCCAAUGCGACUAGGAACCGCCGCCGCCAAACGCCGCGAGGUCCUAGGCCUUGACGCCGUCUUCACUCCGGCCCGGCCCCCUGCGCGGCCGAGCGCAACGUCAUCGUCUUCCACUCCUACAUGGCCCUCGGAUCCUACCAGUUGGUGAUCAGCGAGAUCGACUCGUCGGCGGCGACGUCACUGCAGACCGUGAAGCUUCUCGUGCUGUACCUCUCCGGUGACAAGGAGGGUGCAAUCUCCAGUCUCAAGGAAUGGCUGAGCGAUUCAGCUAUAGGAAGCAAUUCUGUUCUGCGAUUGAUUGCUGGAAUCUAUUUAUGCAUGAGCAAGAUUACAAUGAGGCUCUCAAGCACGCACACACUGGAGGAACUCUGGACCUAUUGCCAUUUUGAAUUCCUUGGAUGCCAAGAGUUAGAAAUCCAGAGUUGGUAGACAGUGAAAUAUGAUCCAUGAUGCGCGAAGGAGAAGCAGGUACUCUAAUCAAUCAAUGAAAGUAUCAUUAUGCUGAAAUGACAGUGGCAGCUGUCAAUGACCUGAUGCCCCAUAAGAGCAGCAUGUGUCUUUGCUUAGGACCAAUGGAACAAUAACUAAGUUGUUCUUUCUAAAUAAAUUUAAGGGAUAAGUCGAUGUCUUGAUUUUGACAAAGUUUCAGUGGACACUUUAUAAUGUUUACCAAAGUAUUUUUCUGCCUUGCAGCAGGUUCAGGUUGCUGUUGUCAUUGGUUCCAUUUAUUGGUUUGUAGUUUAUUACUUAUAUAUGCACUGCAGAUGCCACAACAUCAACAAAAGAUGUCAAUGCUGUACUUGUGGAGCCUGAUCCAAGUUAUGAUGACACAUUAAGCACAUGGUUGGGAGAAUCACCACUUAGCCUGGAGGAAAGCCAGAGAUGGGUGAAGUCCUCUGAUGCUGCUUCCGUCGUAGAGCGAUAUAACAGGCUGCUUCCAAAGGUCAGAACAUCCCAACCCGAGCCUGGGCAAGGUGGGUACAGGCAAUUACCUCCAGGGACCCGAACGUUGGGCACAUCCAAGAGAUCAUUCAACUUUACCAAGGGAAUUCUGAUGAGUUUUGAGAGUAAUCUUACAUGCUUUCUGACAUACUGUCGUUGUUCAUGUUCCCAAAAUGAUUUAAUUAUAGAACAGCUGAAAAGACCUGGCUCUUUUGGUAGGUUUAUUUCUUCUCUUUGUUGUUGUUGAUGUGUUGAGCUAAGAUGGCAAUCUGAACUUGAGAUGAUAUAUGCCUUGUUGCUUAAAUAAUGGUCCUUUAAGUGAAAGGAUUUGAUUCC